AUGGCAGGCUGGUUCUCUUCCUCGAAUAGCGCUCUGGAUGAGCAAAUAGAGCGUGCGACCUCUUCAAGCUUGGAAGAUAUCGCGCUCAAUCUUGAGAUAUCGGAUACCAUCCGAUCAAAGACCGUUCAACCUCGAGAAGCGAUGCGAUCCUUGAAGAAACGAAUAGGCCACAAGAACCCUAAUGUCCAGCUCUCCGCACUGAAUCUGACCGACACAUGCGUCAAAAAUGGCGGCUUGCAUUUCAUCACCGAAAUCGCCUCUCGCGAGUUUAUGGACAACCUUACCUCCCUUCUCAAAGCGUACGGAGCGGCUGCACCCAACGAGGAUGUCAAAGGCAAGAUCCUGGAGCUGAUCCAAGCCUGGGCUGCCGCUUCGGAGAGCCGGAGUAGCCUCUCAUACAUCAACGAAGUAUACAAGACGCUUCAACGCGAAGGAUUCAAGUUUCCGCCAAAGCCGGACGUGGCGAGCAGCAUGUUUGACAGCAGCGCACCUCCAGAAUGGAUCGAGUCGGACGUUUGCAUGCGCUGCCGGACCCCGUUCACAUUUACGAAUCGUAAACACCACUGCCGGAAUUGUGGAGGCGUUUUCUGUCAUUCUUGCUCAAGCAAGACCCUGCCGCUCCCUCACCUGGGAAUCAACCAGGCUGUCCGCGUCGAUGAUGGUUGCUAUACGAAGCUGACCGAAAAGCCGAAGGAGGUGCCCGCUCCAACAGCGGUCGAUGCGGCUAAGUCAAGCAAAACGGUAUACCAAUCAUCUAUGCAGCCUCGAGACGCGAAAGUUGCCGAUAGCUUCGAUGCCGAUUUAAAGCGGGCAUUGGAGAUGAGCCUGGAGGAAAGCAAGGGGGGUCAGCCUGGACAUGGAUAUGUUCCGCAGUCGCAGCUUCAGAAUACCAAGCCAACAGCGGUCAAUGGGAAUUCAAAGUCAUCAAAACAGCCUGAAGAGGAUGAUGACCCGGAUCUGAAAGCGGCGAUUGCUGCGUCCUUGGCGGACAUGGAAGAACAGAAAAAGCAGCAUGCUGCUCAGCUCAAGCAACAGACCGAAACAUCGAAUGGCAAACCACCCGCCUUCGCCCCGAAGAAUGAUUACGAACUCACACCUGCAGAGGCAGAGAACAUUAGCUUGUUCGCGACUCUUGUUGAAAGGCUCCAACAUCAGCCGCCCGGAACGAUCCUCAGAGAGCCACAAAUCCAGGAGCUAUACGAGAACAUCGGGAGACUACGUCCCAAACUGGCCCGAACCUAUGGAGAAACCAUGAGCAAACAUGAUACGCUCCUCGAUCUACACGCCAAGCUCUCGACUGUUGUCCGAUAUUAUGACCGGAUGCUUGAAGAGCGGCUAUCCCACACAUAUAGCCAACCUAGCCAUUAUGGAAUGGCGCCACCGCAGCAACCCCCAUCAAACUUAUAUCCCAGCAUUGCGUCCAAUCCGACUGGCCCCCCUACUGCUCCUCCCACCGGCGGUCCUGAGAGCUAUUAUGCUGGCGAUUCCGUCCCUCCCGAGCCAUACGGCCAACCGCAGCCAACAUAUGGGGGUUACCCAGCGCCAAAUCAAGCUCCGCAUUCACCCUACGACAAUCGAUCAUCCGCCCCUCCAAAGUACAAUCAGCCUGGACAUGAUACCCGAUAUCAGCCAGGAAGAACUUACUCCCAGCACUCUCACGCGCCAGCCCAUCCGCAACAGCGUGCCCCAAGCGCCAGUAACCCCUACGAACACACCCCCCCGGCCCACGCCUCCCCCCAUAUCCCUCAACGCACAUCCUCGCACGCCUAUCCACCCAACCAACCCCAACCCUCCCAACCUCCCAGCCAAUACGCCCCCUCAAACCCCGCAGCAGCCGACGACGCCACCGCCUUCUACUACGCCGACCAAGCGACCUCCCCCCAACCCUCCCACGCGGCCCCCCCGCAAAGUUUCUCCCCCAACCCUCCCCAAUCCCACGCGGCCCCCCAACAUCCUCCACCCCAGCAGACCCAACCGCCGCCGCAGCAGUAUUGGAACCAACAGCAGGCCCCGCCGCAGGGCCAACCACAGCCGCAGAGCUGGGCACAGACGCCGGCGUACCAGCCGCCGGGGGCGGGGAUAGCGGGAUCCGCGUUCCCGAGUGCGCCGCAGCACGCGCCGCAGCCGCAGAAAGAGGAGGCGUUGAUCGAGCUGUGA